AUGGUAAGACUGUCAACAUAUGCAUUCAGGGAUUGGACAAUACAAGAAACUUGUUCUGCUCUUGUUUACAAAGCAGGGUUUAGUUUGAAGGAAGCAACCGAGUACUAUCUCCAUAGUUUUAGUGGCAGAGGAUUGGAAGUGUUGUUGCGAACUGGUAACAAACUUUCUUUUAUGGGACCCAAUUCUGUUGCUCUCUUGGAAUAUUGGGUUGAGAAUGAUUUGCUUCCAUGUUCCUACUUGUAUUGGACAAAAGCAAAGACCAGAGAAAUGUUAACAAAAUCAAAGAAUGAUGGAGGAAUGGGUUUAAGCGAGGAUGUUGCACAAAACUUUUAUAACCUAGAUGGGAAAGCAAUAGAGUCUCUAAUUAGUCAUUCCUUUUGUCAAAACAAUUGUUUGAUAGAUUUAGAACUGUAUGAAUCUUUGAAGAGUUGGAUAUUUUCAUUGAGAGAAACAGAGCUACUUGUUCCCUUAAUAGGUUUCAAUUUGAUGAAUAUCUCCAUCACUAUGCCAGUUUUCGAUAAUUCAAUGCCUUAUCAAAAUAACAAGAAAUGUGUUCAGAAUAUGGCUGUUGAAUUUUUACACAAUCUCAACACAGAAGAAAUUAGAUGUAAAUCUCUGGUUUGUAAUUUUUCCCAUUUUGGAUUUGGUAAGACAAGAUUUGGUGUUCAAUUUCUAAAGUUACUACGAAAUGCAAUCUCUGACGAAUCUGUGUACAUUGAUGGUAAAUCUUUCUCACAAUAUUUAAUGGAUCAGUUUAGUACUGAUCAAAUUCACAGUUUGCUAAAUGCAAAAAUGGUUUAUAUUAAUUUUGUUGAAAUAACUGAAAAUGUCACAUUUGACAUAAUUCUCAGUUCUUGUAUUGUAAAUACAUUGAAAGUACCUCCUCCAAAUGAUUCGAAACCAUUUGAGGAGUGGAUAGCCUCACUUGGCCCAAUUUAUAUUAUCUUGGACGAAUUCCAAAUAUUUCUUAAACAGACUGCAAUAGAUCAAAAUACCGUUAAAAGUUACCAUAUAAUAUGGAAUUCUAGCUUAGUCAAGUUACAGAAGCUUUCUAAUGUGUUUUUGUACAUUUGUGGGAAAGGUUUAUUGUUUGAUCUGAUUGAAAAAGGACAGUUUAGAGAAGAGUCAAGUUACAGAAGCCCAACUGCUGUUUAUUCUGUCAAUUUGUCCUCUCUUGACAUUGGUGACAUUAAAACAAUAAUGACACAUUUUCAGCAUUUUAAAUCACUUCCUGAUGAAGUUACAACAAAACUUGCCAAUCAUGUUCAUGAAAUGACAGGAGGUGUUCCAAUCCUUGUACAUUAUGCGUUUAUGUAUUCAAAUCCUGACAUUCAAGCCUCAUUUGAAGGAAUUAAACAAACUUUGGACAACAACAUAUCACACGCACCCCCACAAACCAUUAAGCCAUACGGCAAUGCUAACUUUUCCCGAAUUUUGAAAGAUAUGUACAAAGUAUUGGUUUGGGCAAGUAUAUUGAAGAAAACUUUUUCAACAAAGGAUUCAAUUACUGUUUCAGAGAUUCCUGAAUUUAGUGGACUAGAAAAUAUUAGCAUACUCCAUCUAUCCAUCUUUUGUAAUUGUUACGUGGAAGAGGUAGCUGACCAAAAAGGAAGGUUUCAGUUCGUGUUUCCUAAAUGUAUCAUUGAUAGCUAUAUUGAGGAUAAUGACUUGGACAUUUCACAUAUUUAUCAAAUUUCUAAACAGUAUCCAUUUCUUGUUAGUAAUGAUCAUAUAUUGGAGUAUCUUACAGAUUUCUACCUAGUUAUUCCAUCAAAAAGUGAUCUUACCGAGUGUAUUGGUCCAUUGAAUGCAAUGAUAUUAAAAAAGUUGCCAGAUUGGAAAAAUCAAGAUAUUAAUCUGAAAGACAUUAUGGACGUGGUAGUUAAGGGAUGGAAUGUAAUCGAAUCAAAGGAAACGAUUGAACCCAAAAAAAAGAAAUCCAAAAAGAAGUAA